AUGGCGGCGGCAACCAACCCGGUAUCCGCCCUCAGCGCAUACCGUCAGCUUCUUCGGGCUACUCGGAUCGCAUUCAACGGUGAUUACCCCGUCCUUUAUGCUGCCCGAACAGAAGCCCGCAAACAGUUCGAACAAAACCGACAGCUCGGCGUUGAUACUCCUAUGAAAAUUCAACAUGCACUUGAGACGGCGCAUAUACUUAAAACGAAUAUCGUCCAGGGGACAAAGAUAGACACUAGGGAAGAGGGCGGAGAGAAGGUAGAUCGAUAUUCUUUGCGGAUACAUGAACAUACGGAGCGCGGAGAUAAUGAUACUAUAAAAGCCGCUGGUCAGAAGCCAGUCAGGGUUGGAAAGGGAUGCUGCUCCUCAUAA